AUGAUCGAGGCCAAGAUCAACAAGCACUCCCACAACACGGUCGACUCUAUGAAGGGUGCGAUCGUGGAGGCACCCUUCUUUUCUUUUUUCCUUCUUUUUUAUCGCUCUGUUCUUUCUUUCUUUCUCAUAUUUUCAAAAGUAUUCUCUCUAUUCUUUCUUUCUUAUUUUCAUCGCUCUGUUCAUUCAUUCUUUCUUUCUUUCUUUCUUUCUUUUCAAUAUAUUCAAUUUUCAAACAUAUUCUCUUCAUUCUUUCUUUUUGCAGCGGUUUUUCUUUCUUUCUUUCUCAUAUUUUCGACCUUAACUUCUCUGUUCUAUUUUUCUUUCUUUCUUUCUUUCUUUCUUUCUUUCUUUCUUUCUCCUAUUUUCGAUUUUACCUUUUCUGUUCUAUCUUCCUUUCUUUCUUUCUUUCUUUCUUUGUUAAUUCUUUGUUUCUUUCUUUCUUCAAUAAAUACACACAUUAUUUUUCUUUUUAUCCUUAAUGACGUUUUCUUUUACUUUUUUCUCCUGAAAACGUCCAAUUUUUUUUAUCUUUUCUUUCUUAUUUUCAAAUUAAUUUUUCUUUUACUUUUCUUUCUCCUGAAAACGUUCAAUUUUUCACCUUUUCUUUCUUUCAAAUUACUUUUUCUUUUACUUUUCUUUCUCCUAACAACGUUUAUUUAUUCUUUCUUUCUUUCUUUCUUUCUUUCUUUCUCAUUCAUCCACUAG